AUGCCUGCUUUGUGCUCGCCCCGCCCUGUGUCUGAGUUUUCUUACGACUCAGCCAAAAGUAGGCUUCUCAAUCUCAAGCUCGGUUACGAGGAUGGACCCAGAAUCACCUUUAUGACGCCUGGAGAUUUUACUGCUGAGAGUAAUGAAGACCAUUUGAAUGGGGAUGCUGCUGUCGAGACCCGUCAAGGACAGUUGCUGAGACUGGCUGGCUGGAUUGAUGUCGAGAGCCGAGUGACAGUUGGCUGCGCUGGUGCAGUUCUUGCAUACAUCCAUCGCAAGCGAGCAGCAACCUUCUUGCCAGGAGACAUGGCUGCUCAAGCAAUGCACCGCAUCUCGACGAUCGAGAUGUUUACGCUUGCUGGGUCUAUGUGA